CAGGACGCCGUCUCCAGUUGUUCUUCAACACUGUUGGUGUCCUCAGGCAGCCGCUCCUGCCUGACCACCACCACACCCGACCCUCAGGACACACACACUCUCCUCUUACUGUGGGGUCUUGUUAGUCUCACGCUUACUAUGUGCUCAUUAUAACACAAUUGCUCUCUCGUCUGCAUGGCUUAGAAAACAAUUAAUUAGUUAAGCAUAUCACACAACGGAAUUGUGAUAUUGAGACCCGCUGUGUUGGGGACUCGAGUCUGAAGACUGGUCUGCGUAGCGGCGUCAGCAAGGGGAACCAAUAAGAAGCAGCCUCAGGACACAGGUCCGUGGAGCGGCGGCAGCAGCAAGGCGUCAGGAGACAGGUCAGAGGAGAGGAGGAAACAGCAGGGAGCAGUGUUCGGAGACAGGUUUGUGGAGAGGCGUCAGCAGGAGUCAGAAGCAGGCGUCCGUUAACACUACUGCUGAGGUGUCAGCGUGAGGGAAGAUGUCAGCGUGAGGGAGGGGGACUUGUCAGGCUCUGGCAGCGUGGGAGCCUCCUCACACUGGCCUCACUUUUCCCGCGGGAGCCGCUGUUAUGGACAGCUUUCGGAGUCCCCAGGACACAGCGGCGUUGCUGGAUGUGGCUUAUGUCAUCCGCUUCGGUCACUUCCCCAGCGAUGACGGCCCUCAUAACGGACUCAAGACCUCACACCUGACUACCUCACAUCCGCUUCUAGAGACUACCGACAUUUCUCCCUCCCCUGUGCACAGUAUUGCCAGUGAUGAUAACAACCCUUUCUCUGAUGAGAGUCUCUUUAUCGAGGAUCAGAAUCCAUUUACUGAUGAGCCAAACUCCUCAGUCGAUGAUACAAAUCCCUUUACGGAGGACGAUAGUCAGGCUUCCCCCACCAGAGAGUCAAGUCCCAAACCUGACGAUGAUUACCCGCCGCAAACGUCACCGGCAAGAGAGAGGAGUAGCCCCAUGUCAGCUAGCGCCUCCCCGUCCACACCGCCAUCGCCAGCCACCCCCACCUUCCCCACACCUCCAUCGCCAGCCACCCCCACCACCCCCACACCUCCAGCAGGAGCGUCUAGGACGCUGGAGAUCAGCGGCGUCUCCCGAGCCCAUGUCAUGGAGGUCAUCACUCAGGCGUUCAACGUGACCCGUCUGGACCUUCGACGCUUGGUGGAGGACAUUGGUAAUAGCAAGGAGGUGCCGGCGGUGGAACUGAUGCUGGAGGAGAUAAGAACGGAAGGCCUCGCCCUGGAGCACACUACAGCAGACAGUCCCUCACCACCAGUGGUGUUCGUGCGAGCUGUGAUGGGAGGCGAGGGGCGCUUCACCACCUUCAGCAGCACCUCCGCCACCAAGGUCACCCACAACACUCUCACAAUGGGCGUGAAGAACAUGUACACAGAGACGCUGCUGCUUGAGGUCUGGAAGGCUGGGAUCCCGGCCGUGGUGGAGGAGGCCCAGACCAGCCCCGUUAUGGACAUCCUCGGUCGCCUCAUCAUCAAAAGCAUCAGGAACAGGAGAGAUAAAGCCAACGCUUCGGCUUCCUCCAGAGUCUCAGAUGAGAGCGCCGCCAGCACAGAGCCGGACCAGAAGGGUCAGUCAUCUGAUGUGGCAGCUGAUGAGAGAAGCGUCGUUCAGGAGGACGAGGUCGACCACUCAGAUGACACGCCUAUCAUCAAUGUGUCACUCUGGGAGAACAGGCACCAAUCAGAUCCCUUACAACCACCACACCACGACUCAACCAAAACCGCAAAGCACAAAGUUGCUCCAAGAAUCGUGCAAGUCAAAAUAAAGAAGACAGUUGUUAGUACUGAGAGUGCGCCCCUUCACAACGACAGUACAGACAGCAAAGGCUUUGGUAGUGGACAACUUUUAAAUGGGGACGAAGUUGACUUGGAGGGAAGUGAAAGCCAUACUCUUGACAUAUCAGAUACUAUUUCAAUCAAUUCAGAACUGAGCCCAGACACCAUGAUGACAAGUACUCCAAGAGGCAGGUCCGCCAGUGUCCAGAACCUUGACCUGCCUCGCACCAGCGACAAGGCGAACGAGAGAAACAAACUGCAUAAAGGCGGCUUUAAAAUGAGUGCGAGUAACUUUAGGGCGUCAUUACGCUCCAGUAUCAGAAAGCUGAAUCAUAAUAGUUCUUUAGAUUCAAAAGAUCUACAAAAUAAGCCUCCUUUGAGAUCCAAGACAAGUGAUGCCUCAUCUACUGAUAAUGGAGAGUCAGGUAAUUACAGUCAAUGCAAAGACGGUCAAGAUUCACCCACGAGAGAAAAAGAAAAUCUGGAUAAAAACUCAUCUCAAAUAACAAAAGAAAAUGUAAAUAAUAAUCUAGACCGCGAGAGGUCAAGGAGUACAUUAAGCGUCACAUCCUUCUCUAAGAUCAAUUUUGGCAUACGAAAGUCAUCACAAAAAGCUACAGAAAUAUUCAGAAGAAUUGGAAGCAAACGCGAUAAAAAGUGUGUGAGUGAGACAUCCACUCCUGAGCUUCGAAGACAGCAGUUGCCAAGUGAUAAUAUAUCAAUAUCAAGUUUCCAGAUGGAGAGUGUCCAUGAAGGGGAUCACACUAACGGCUCACUCACGCCAGAUAACACCAUUAAUACUGACCAAUCACAGCUACACACUAAGGACGCUGCUGCACACGGCUCACCAAUGAUUACUUGUUACAUGAGAAAGUCUUUUAAAAAAAAGUUUUCCACACCAAGAACUUUAAGAGCAUUCAGAAGUUUGAGAGACAAAGGAAAUACUAAGAAACAGAGCGACCCCAAAUACAACAGAGAAGGCUAUACAACCGAUAAACUUGAUGAAAGUGACAAGUCCUUGGAAGCCCCACUAAAUCCUCCAGAAAUACAGACUUAUCUGUCAGGCAUUGGCAAAGGUCACCUCAAGGCUGAACGUCUGGCGCACGUCAGCGUCCCAGUUAAGAGUCUAAUAGGUACAUGGAGAAAGGAAGGCUGGUUGCCUCUGAUUCUUAACCAAGAUAAAGACAACUCAGUUCAGGGCCAGAAGAAGAAGUCUAGCAAGGUGGAUGGGAACGGUACAUCGAAGACGGUCAAGAAGGAGGCUAGAAUGGCUUGUAAGAUUCACAUCCGCCUGACACUACUCCCGCCGGACUCUGACCUCACCACCACCAGCUAUGACACCUACAGUGCCACUCUUCGCAAGCUGAUUGAUGUGCACGUCCAAACCCUGGUAAGGGAACCCUUGGACACGUUGGACCAAUAUAAGGGUAGUGUAGGAGUGGUGGGAGAUGUUCUCCUGCAGCAACUGGUGUUCUUCUCCCGGGUGUCUGAGCCACACCGGACACUGGCCAGAUGGCUGGUGAUGGUCGAGAUCAAGCCCUCGGACCCCGGCCUCCUGCUGCCUCUCCUCCAAGCCAUUAGGACUCACCUGGAGGCUGGCCUCUACCUCACCACACAGAAACGUCAGCUGGGGAGCGCCCUCUCCAGGUGGGUGCGGAAGGCGCUCUUGGAGGAGUUUGAGAUGCUCCACUCAUCCUUUCCAAGCACCUGUAGCCUCAUAGAACUGCCAAGGCUGGAAAAUUUCCUCAGGUGCUUCAACACCGUGGAGAACUGCUACGAGCUGCGGGUGCUGUUCGAGCGAGAGAUGGUUCAGCUAGGCUUGCCCUCCCUCACCGACCAGCUGCACGGCGCCCUGUCCAAACACGUCGAGACCUGGGUUGAGGCCCUGAACAAGGAGAAGGUGAAGAGGGAUAGUGACGCCAGCUUGGUGCCCAGCCAGGCACCAGGAGCCUUCAUGGAGUGGCGGGACGCCCAGCGCAGAGCCACCAUCCUCACCAAGCCUAUUCUAAACUUUCUCACCAUCUCCUUUCACACGUAUCAACCAAUUUUCAUGAUGAAUGUCAGAGAGUUGUCUGUGGAUUACCUGUACCUGGUGAUGCCCAAGAUGCUGACAGCAGCCCUUCAUCUGCUGCUCCCACUCCUGGCCUAUGAUGUGCACGGGGCCAGUCAAGUCCCACCGGAGGUGACGCCCUCUGCUGCCCAGGCUGCCUGGGUCCUCACUACAAACCUCAGUCAAAUCAAUAUGAUUGGGAUUGAGAGUCGUCUUCCACAACACUUGAUACCCCAAGAGUACCGGGAUGCUUUUUCCACCACCCUUCUACACUGGCUGGUAUUUAGCAAGCUCCUGGCACUAGAAGAAGUCGACAGAGAUAUUCAGAAAGAUGAGUUUGUGGCUGUUGAUGACAUGGAGGGAUACAGCCAAUCAGCUGUUGGCUGUGCAGACCUUUUGAAGGCGCUGAUGGAGCGGGUGCGUGAGGUGAGGUGGCCAGGUGACACGGGGCCCAGUGGCGCCACCCUCACCAAGGUCAGCCAACAGGUCAUGGAUCUGGCCGCUGAGUACACUAACAAGGUCACGCACCACUACACUGGCCGUCAGGGGAACUCGGGCACCAUCUCCAAGCAGGUGUGUGUAGUGGUGAGGAAUGUGGAGCACGUGUGUAACGAGGUGAGAAAACACCUGCUACACCUGGCCACCAUGGCUCAAGAUGAGGUGGCACAGCAGCUGCAGGAACACACAAGACACCUUCAGGAGCACAUUGACUAUGCUGCCGAGGUCCUCCUGCAGCGGUGUCUGCCACAGCUGGAGCAGAUAUUGACACAGGCUGUGAGUCAAGGAAGUUCUACAUUCAUAAUUAAAGAGCUAGAGGUUGCUAUGGAACCCGUGGAGGACCGGCUGUACUUCGCAGAGCCCCUUCUGCACCAGAUGUGGCUCCGGCUCUUCCAGCACGCAACUCUCCUCAUGAGCAACUAUAUCCAGGGUAACUGGAGGGAGGACCUUCGGCGGCUGAGGUCGGUGUUGGCUGAGACACACACCUUCCUCACCAACCAGGAGGGCGUCGGCCUCCAGCUCCACCCGGAGGUCAACAAAGAGUUCGAGACCCUGCAGGCGGAGCUCAAGAUCCUCGGAGCCACCUCACAAGAAUUAAUAUCACAAUUUUACCACGAACGGUAUCAAGAACAGCUCCGUGAGGGAGAGAGUGCAGCCCGCACCCUCAUUGUUAAUGCGGCGCUGACGGAGGUCGGGCUGCGGGUGCACGUGGUCCAGGCACCCGGCGGCCAGCCUGGAGGCGCGCUGGUCAAAGUCCGGCUCGAGCCCCAAGAAUGGUUCCCGCUCGCUGAACCCUGCAAGACGCAUUUGGCCAAGGGCAGCCCGGCCGUCUUUAAUGAAAUAUUUAGAUUUCCGGAUGUGAUGGAGGACCGCAGCGACGUGGAGCAGGGCGGGGUGCUGACGCUGCAGCUGCGGACUCCUCGCCUCCUGGGCACCAGUAUUGUUCACUGCGAGGCUGUCUUGCCUCUUGCUCAAGUGCUUCGCAUAUCUGAGUCAAAUGUCCUCAGUAUCCAACACCUCCGUCUGCCUCUCACCAGGCCCUGGAAGCUUACCUCAUAUAAACCCUUGGAAGCCCUCAAGACCCGUGCCCUGGACAAGUCAGCGGUGGACUUCCUGAAGGUGUUGAGUGAGCGCUGGGAGCCUAAAGAAGCCUCUAUCCAAAUCCAGGAGUCGCAGAAGCUGCGGGCAACCCUGGCUAGGGCCAGCAACACCAGAAACAGCAUUAAGGGAGCCAGAAAACCUCCCCUUAGGAGCACUCUUUCUAAGUAAACAACCUGAAAAUUGCUAAUGAUCCAGAGCCUCAAGAAAGAUGCUUAAGCAUAUAUCAGUCGGAGGACAACUUAGAGAGCCACAGUGAUGAGGGCAGAGACCUAAUGUCGCAUGUCAGACGGUUUUCAACACUAUUUGGGGGGAACGGGAGGGGGGGGGGAGUUGGUUAUAAAUUUGGCAUUAGUGAUAGAACUAUUACAUUGAGUAAACAUAAUUGGACAUCUUAGAGUCGGUUGCGAAGUAUUCAUGCGGGACGUCUACAAACUUUGUCACUGAUGGCUCGUGAGUUUGUAAUUAAAUCAAAGUAUACAGUAUAGACUAAUCCUUUUGUUCUUGUAUUUAUAUGGAAGGUCGCCAUUGUUGAUAUAAUGGUUUAGUUACACUCGAAAAAUAUAAAAUAUGAGUAGAUAUAGGGGUUAGUGCAGUCUACUCAAUUGUUUGGUCCUGGGUUUGAUUACCGGGCAGGACGAGAUGUGUAGCCACGUUUUCUUAAACUCAAUGCCUCUGUUCACAUUACAGUAAAUAGGUGCCUGGAAGUAAGUCAACUGUUGUGGGUCGCAUCCUGGGGAAAGUCAGUCGAUAGCCUAAGAAGACCCCCGAUAGACUUGACAGGUUUCGUAUCCCUGACGUGAAACCGCGUUGACAGUAACACACACACAUACACACACGUUAAGUUAAGUGAGAGGCCAAAGAGAGGAGAGGUUAAGAGAGAGGUGGAGGCCAAAACCGUCAGUAGUUUCAAAGCAUUAUAUGACAAAGAGUGCUGGGAAGACGGGACACCACGAGCGUAGCUCUCAUCCUGUAACUACACUUAGGUAAUUACACACACAUACACACACUAUCUGAGAACAGAUCAAACACUGAGAUGUGAAUGCCUUUUAAAUGUCCAGGGGUGAAUAUUCAUGCGACCCGUGCCGUCAAGGGCAAUAAGUGAUAUUGAGAUAAUAAUUAUUAUAAUUAACUUAAUACUAUAGUAAUAUUACAAUAUGUAUAUUUAUAAUUAUUGUUAGUAAAUGAGAAAUUAUAAUACACUCGUAACAUUUUAUGGGAUUUAAUAUUUUGUAAAUAAAUUUCAUAUAAAUAUUUCAGUUCAUAUGACAAUAUGUUUAAUAAAGUAAUUUAAAUAAUGA